AUGCAACCGUCCGGAAUCCUCUCUGCUCUUUUCCUCGUCCUUCUCGCCGUCUUUGUAAGUCCAUUCCAAAUUGUGCAACCAAAACGGAUACUGCCCACAAGCCGCGACCAACUAUUACGCGGACAACUAGCUUAUUUGAAGGGUACUACUAUCGCCCAAUCAGCCGUACUCGAUAACAAUUUCGGGCCAUUCGAGGCAUCGAUGAUUGCGAAACGCCUCCGCGGAGAGCCGAUCCGCUUCGGCAAGCGGUCCCCACGCGAGCCCAUUCGGUGAGUUGCCAGGAAAUAGUUCCGUUUCAAAACACCCCCAAAUUACGUAGGACAUUUGAGAUGGGAAUUGAUAGUUUCUUAGUCAUCCGAGUCCCUCAAAACAUCCAUAAAUCAGACGUACUGCGUCAUUUCGAAUAUUACAUAUUUUUACAUCAUCUGACGUAUUUCUUCCUGCCAAUCAUCUAAUUCCAAAUCGAUCUAUUUCAGCUUCGGAAAACGAUUCAACCCGUUGCCGGACUACGACCUCCAGUAG